UCCUCUCGUCAUUAGCCGGCCGGCCGCUGUACGAUCCGCGCUCCGCUCUGUUCCGCUCCGGACGCGUAAAUAUAAUAUUAUAAUAUUAUAUUAUUCCGUCUGUACACGGUAUUGCAAACCGAGAGCGCGAGUUGUCCACCGACCUUUCGAGUCUUGCGUUUCGGUUGACUCCGGACCUCCGUCGUCGUCGAUUCGAUACGAUCAAUUUUUUUUCUUUCGAUUUUUUGAUUUUCGUUUUUUCCCCCGAAGUUUUCGACUUCCGGCCUCCGCCAGGCCGCACCACCGCUGACACAUCGUCACCGGUCGACCAGCGUUCUCGACAUUGAUAAACACUACAGUGGCGACAGUCAGAGCGAACCGCCCCGCAUCGUCGCUCGGAAACAAAAGAAAAUCGUCUGUAAACGACGGGAAAACAUGAACAAAAUCACGUAAAAUCGCCCGCAGCACUGCAAUUAGAUCGCGGAUCCUCGUGCAGUCGAUUCCUUCAGAUCGCAUACAAAUUGGAGCACGGUGACUGAAUGAUACCUCAGCAUGUCCCAGGAUCGCUUGACCGCUCUUCGGCUACUGUCGUACUGUUGGCUGACCGUCAUGUUGCUGUCCAACACUUUGGCAUUUAACGUCGUCUACAACAAAGAACCGUUGUCGUCUUCAUCGUUUCAGUCAUCCUCUUUCUAUCAGACCGGUAGCAGGAAAUUUGGUGGCUACCGAAUCGUACCCCGCGCGUGCAAAGACGAAUCUCACCCGUUCAAGAACGAUGUGUCCAUCACCACCCCCACGGGAACCGGAUCCGGAACCGGCGUGUGCAUGUUCAACUACGAGUGCACGCAACUGGGCGGUUCGGUGGUUGGGUCGUGUGUAGACGUGUUCCUGUUCGGUGCCUGUUGUCGACUUCCGGCUGGCGUAAAAGUGCCCGCCGCAGUCGAGCAAAGCGCGUCCACGGCCACGGCCGCCACCGCGACCGUCGCCACAUCGACGCCGGGCUAUCACUACAACGACCUACCACCGCUAUCGUUUCAACAGCCGGUGGCCGACACCAUACUGUUGCACCGAAACGGGUCGGCCGUGCAAAACACUUACAGGCCGGACGACUUGUUCGGUAACUUCACGGCCUUGAUGCAGGCCCACCGCGACCGAUUGCCGUCGGCGGCCGACAUGACGGACGUCGUGCAGCAACAGUACACCACGGAUGGCGGUUACCACCAGUACCAUCACCAUCAGCACCGACCGCCACCGUUCGCCGACCACAAGAUUACGUCCAAAGUGGAUUACGGCGACGCGGCCACUGUCAAGCUGCAGACGUUGCAGUCGUAUUCGUCGUCGUCGUCGUCACCGGUGUCGAAAUCAACGGACUCGGUGCCCAAUAUCCGGAAGACGACUCCGUCCGCGGCUACCGUCCAGGCGACCACGUCAAAACAGGGUUACGGCGUCGCGCAUCACCACAACAACCACAAACACCAACACCCGUCGUCGGCCGCCGACGAGUAUUACGACAAUAUGGUUUUGAUACCCACGCUGACGGUCAACGACCCCAACGUUAAGGAAAACAACUCCAUCAACCACAUACUGUCCAUACUCAAUUACACGCCGCCCGCGCCGGACAGGCACCACGCCGACCCGAUGGACGCGUCGCCGUCGUACGUCGUUCACCAGGUGCAGUCGAGCAGCUCGCCGCCGACGUCACCGCAAGCGCUGUACACUUGGGGCUCCAUCGACGGCGGCGAUUCAAAGUCACCGGGUUACGGGUCGUCCACGUUCCCGGUUACCAGGCCCUCGUCGACGUCCGCGCAGCAACACUACGACCGGCCGGCCACUAGUUAUUACGGCUCGACGCCGUCCACCACUUCCACCACGUCCAGCCACCACUUGCCAGGACCGCACUUCCACGUGCUGUCCACGACCACGACCACGGCCAAGCCGUUCGAACCGGCGGCGCCCACCGUCAUAGUGCUAAGCCCUGCAAAUGAUUUGAAAAAUCCCAACAAGUACACUACGCCCGCGUCCACGGUGUACGCGACCGCCUCGUCGUCGUACCGUCCACCGCCCUCGUCGCACGUCAAACCUUCGCAGAGCAUCAUCGUGACCGGAAAACCGUCAGUGAGCGCCGCAUACACGACCACGGCCACUUAUCAUCACCCACAGCAACACCAUCACCAUCAGCAAGACGUGUCUUUCGUGCCGGUCAGCUCGACCACCAUGGCCGACAAAUAUUACAACUCCAACUAUCAACCGACCGUCGGUGCUGUACACACGUCGGCCAAGCCGCUGGUGUCCACCAACUACGGACACAGGCCCUCUACCACUACGACGACGGUCGUGCCACCGUCGACGGUCAGCUCCAACAAUAAUGUGUUUACCACCGUCAUCACUUCGGUGAACCAUCAGUAUCACAACAAGUUCCAGCCAACGGCUACGGGUAGCGGUAGCUCGAGCUUGUAUACGACGGCCAAACCAGUGGUGAACGACGGGGGUGCGGUGGCCGUGCUCCAGUCGUCCAGCGGUGGUUACAAACCCUUGUCCGCCGUCGACGAAGAUUAUCCGACGCCCGUCGUGACGCCGGCCACGCAGGUGUUCAUCACCGCCUCUGAUGUACAUCAUCUGCAGCAGCAUCACAUCCAGCAGCAGAUCCACCAACAUCUGCAGCAUCACACGUCGUCGUCUUCGUACCCGGCCACCGCGGUGCACGGGUCCACCGCUGACGAUGACCCGAACGCCGUUCCGUUCAACUCCACAGACACUUUCGCUUUCCCACCGGUUCGCGACCCGAACGUCAACCUGACGGCAGCCACGCAACAGGAAAAACCGGACGUAACCGUCGUUGACGCGGCCGGCGAUUACGACGCCGACGCCGAUCCCAACCCACACUUGACGGCCGACGACAACCUGGACGACAAGGUCCACCUGUUCGUCGAGAAAGUCGUCCAAUCGCUGCAGGGAAAUUUCGAAGACCUGGAAAAGGUCCUGAUGUCCGGUGACCCGUCAUCGUCCAACGUGACCGUCGCCAACGAUGACUCGGCAAGCUGGCCGAACAAGAAGCCGGCGACCGCUACUCCGACGGCCGCUACGACUACGAAGAAACCGUCUAAACCCGCUACCGCUAAGCCCACAAAACCGUCGCCGCAGCCCGUCAAGUGGACCAGUACCUCUACGUACCGGCCGACGCCCAUCGUUCCGCUCCAGGACUCUGCCCCGUUCCUGGAAGUGACCACCGUGUCGCGUCCGGUCAAAUACCCGACCUUGCUCACCCCCGUCCAGCUUUUCCAGCCUACCACGUACGCCACGGACAACAAACGGCCGACCAAGCUACCAGUCAAGCUGACGCCUUCUACGACGGUCGUGCUGGACACGCUAAACGUCGAAAAUGAACAUCACACUACCGCUGAACCGGACUACAGAAAAACGUGCGGAGUGCGGCCUUUGGUGAGGAAAGGCGGUCGGAUCGUCGGCGGAACAGGUUCGACAUUUGGCGAAUGGCCGUGGCAAGUGUUAGUCAGGGAAGCCACCUGGCUGGGACUGUUCACCAAAAACAAAUGCGGCGGCGUAUUGAUCACUCAACGACACGUCAUAACUGCCGCCCACUGUCAACCCGGAUUUUUGGCGAACCUGGUAGCCGUGUUCGGCGAGUACGACAUCAGCGGCGAGGUCGAGUCCAAGCGGAGCAUCAGCAAGAACGUGAAACGCGUCAUCGUCCAUCGGCAGUACGACGCGGCGACUUUCGAAAACGACAUAGCCCUUCUGGAACUCGAAUCGCCGGUCAACUACGAUCAGCACAUCGUGCCCAUUUGCAUGCCGGACGACGAAGACGACUUCACGGGACGCAUGGCUGUGGUCACGGGAUGGGGACGAUUGAAAUACGGAGGUGGAGUUCCGAGCAUCUUGCAAGAAGUGCAAGUUCCUAUAAUUGAAAACCAAGUAUGCCAGGACAUGUUUGAGACAGCAGGACACACAAAGACCAUACUUAGCAGCUUCUUAUGUGCCGGUUACGCCAACGGACAGAGAGAUUCUUGCGAGGGUGACAGUGGCGGGCCUCUGAUGAUCGAAAAGGACAACGGCCGCUGGACGUUGAUCGGAACAGUGUCACACGGUAUCAAGUGCGCCGCACCGUAUCUUCCGGGCGUCUACAUGAGGACCACGUACUACAAACCGUGGCUGCAGACCAUCACGGGCGUACAGUAGACGACACAUCAUCGCAGAAUCGUCAAUACUAUUAUUGUUAUUGUUUGUUGUUGUUGUAGUUGUUGUUAUUGUUGUUAUGAUUUUAUGGUCACACCGUUAUAAGGUAUGAUAUAAUAGUAAUUAUUAUAUGUCAAAUAAAAUAUAGGAUCCCGAACCCCUCUUCAUAUAACAGCAGACCACAUAUCAUCGCGCAUCUAUAUCUUAAAAUAAUAAUAAUAUUAUUUAUCGAUUAACAUGACGAAGCCCACAGCGUGUACACGCAUUAUGCAUUCAGUUUUGGGUAAGUUACUUAACAAAAGUAGUGGGAUCAGGUUAUUCUGUACAACGAGUAAAAAGUCACUAUAAAAUAAUUUAUCUAUUUAUCAUCGAUAUUAUAUUGAAAACAACGAAAUUACGGUAGGUACCUUAUCAAUUGUUACAAAACAAACUACACCAUUAAUUUUACCUAAAAUUUGUUUCUUGAUUUAAAAUAAAAAAUUUUAAUCUAAAAACAAAACUAUUUUGAAUAUACAUAAUAAUUUUUUUUAAUUUUUUUUUUUAUUUAUUCAGAAUAAAAUUAUGUUUUGCUUUUUGAAAUAUAAUUAGAGUAAUAGAUUGUAACUGUGAAUAAUAAUUGAAAAUCAAACAUAGACAGCACGAUAAAUAAACUGUAAUAACGUGUAUCUCUAUAUGUGUGUGUGUGUGUGUGUGUGUGUGUGUGGAUUGGUAUAUAGAAAUUCCUUCGACGACCACAUAAGGCAUAUUAUCUAAAUGUUUAGCGAGUAUAUAGUAGAGGAGCUUUGAUGAAAAACGUAGUCGCCCGUCGACCUAAGGAUACAGAGAAAACAAAUCGUGGGUAGAGUGAUGGGAAACAGAUUGAAAAUUUAAAAUACCGACAUACAGCUAAUAAUAAUAUAUUAAACAAUAUAUAUCAUAAAUGUGCUAGAUUGUAAUAUCAUAACACAGCUGACAAACGUAUAUAUUAUAUAUUUACCUCGCCGACGAUUUGUACUAUUAUUCUCAUCGAUUCGAUUGUUUUACACGAUUUUCCACUAUUGCAUGUGAUAAUCAUAUUGACGACGUGUAUACAUCAUAUGUUGUAUACCCGUUCAAUUAAACAUCAUAGUCAUCAGAAUACAAUUUCGCCAUAAUUUAUCACUGUAAAUUAUUAUUUAUUUAUUUGUUUAUUUAUUUAUAUAUAUAUAUAUAUAUUAUAAUUGUACAUUUUAUUUUCAUUUUUGUAACUUAAUACGAU